AGUACAAUGCGAAACAAUAAACAUAAAGUACCUGUUCGAAGUGGCAUUUAAGAAAUGUGUUAUAUUGUUCCACGGUAUUCAAACACUAAAAUCAGUCCAUUGAAGCUUCGGGCCCUGAUUUGAUAGCAAUGUCUUCGAAGGAAACGUAAUCCAACUUCGUAUACUUUGCCAGCGUAAAAAGCUCCGAAUCUAUCAAGUACUAUUUCGUGGGCAGCAGGAUCAGACACCAUGAGCAAUAGCAACUGCAUUUGUCGCCUUUGUAUGGCUGAAGGAGUGGAGCCCGAAUCCGAUUUUGAACUUUUAAACCAAAACGAAGAUUUGCAGCAAAUCAUUCGUUCAUUCACCACUGUUGAGGUAAUUUUGAACACCAACUGCCAGUACUUCAUCUGCUCGGAUUGCCACAGUGCUUUGCAGGGCUUUCAAGCAUUUAGAGAUCGCUGUAUUAUAAAUGACGAAAUUUUUCGACACAAAUAUCGCAGCCAUUCUGAGCAACCCUCCAAUACAUCUUACGACUCUUAUGAGUUGAAAGCGAUGAGUAAUUCGUUCGAUAGCGAUCAACUGCCCCAUAAGGUGGAAGAGAUAAUCAUUGAACCAGCCGAGGACACAUAUCAGGAGGAGUCCGAAGGUGGCGAAUAUUCCCCAACGGUCAACCGGCAACAGGCUCCGACGAAACGGAGCAGAAAUAAAGCUGUGCCGACAGUCACCAAAAGCAACAAGCUUCCAUGUAUUCAAUGUGGCAAAAUGAUUGCCCGAAACAACAUGAAACAACAUCUGUUAACACACGAUCCUGACCGGCCCAAAGUGGUCUGCUCGUACUGCGGAAAAUCAUUCAAAGAUCCGGCGCGAAUGCAGUUACACGUCAACAGUAACCACACGUUGGAGAAGAAAUAUCCCUGUGAAAUUUGCGGAAAGACGUACCUUCGGCCGAAUUCACUACGAGAUCAUAUAAAAACGAAACACACCAACGACAAACAGUACGAGUGCAGCGAAUGUGGCAUAUUGUUCAACAACUGGGCCAAACGGUGGCACCAUUUCAAGAAAGAACACACAACUGCAAAACCGUUUGCCUGCACGUACUGCGAUUGGGCGUUUAAGUUCAAGGGAGAUCUAACGUUACACAUCCGCAAGCACACAGGAGAGAAGCCCUUCAAAUGUGACAUCUGUGGAAAGGCCUUCAACAAGAGCUAUAACGUGGUGAUACACAAGAAAUCGCAUCGGAACGUUGUGCGAAAAGACGCAUAGAAGUAAAGUGUUUGAAUAUGAGCCCCGUUUAACUGUACAUCCUUACGUUCAGAAAUACAAUUCCACGCCGUGUGGAACAGG